CUGUUUACGAAUCAACCUAUCACGACGGUCAAUUCCACGUGAUUGACCACGGCAUCAAGCUUUUAGCUGGCUUAUAUCGCGUUGCUUUUUCAGUUCCUAUUUUCUUGGCUAUAACCGGAAUGUGCGUAUUGAUAUAACAGAGACAUAACGAUACGGCUCAUUUCUUACUCUCUCCACGAUUCAGUCUUCAAAGUGUUUUUUCGGUAAAGGAGUCGUGACCGUCAUGAAAGAAACUUGAUCAUGGAUGCACGGGCUGUUUACGAAUAAACCUGUCACUACGGUCAAUUCCACGUGAUUGACCACGGCAUCAAGCUUUUAGCUGGCUUCCAUCGCGUUCCUUUUUCAGUUCCUGUUUUCUUGGCUAAACGGAACGAUUUGUACUUUCUUUGGCCUCGCCCUUUUAGGACGAUCCUCAAGUAACUGAAGCCAACAUGGCUGGGUCUGCUUUGAUCGUUAAAAUCUUGACUUGUGGAACGUUUCUUCUCUUCGCAGGAGUAGAUACGAUUAAAAGCGAUAAAGUCCCAAUUCACAAGAGGGGUUAUUGCGUGUGGUAUGGUCAAUGUACGUCUGGAUAUAAAGCUAAGAACUGUCUGUACAACGGACCGGCGAAGAAAUUAACCGAUCCCAAGGGUUUGAAGCUGUUGAACACCUUCUGCCCUGAAUUAAGUGGUCAACAUACUUGUUGCUCGACGAAGCAACUGAUCGCUUUGUCCGCGAUCAAAGUAUUCGUUGGCCCGCUGACAGCUCGUUGCCCUGCCUGCUGGAGCAACUUGAGAAGAUUGUACUGCCAGCUGACUUGCAACCGUGAUCAGUCCAUGUACAUGGACCCCAUUAACGUCGAUAAUAGUACUGGUCACGCUACAAUAUUAGACAUCAACUACUAUGUUUCCCCUAUCUUCAAGCAAGGUCUCUUCGACUCUUGCAAGGACGUAAGGAACGGGAAAGUGCUGUCUUUGCUUUGUGGGACGUCAGCGGAGAAGUGUACAGCAGAAAAGCUGCUGAGGUACAUGGGAAAUACAGACAAUGGAUUCGCGCCGUUCAAUAUCUAUUACCCGGAAUCGCUGGUCGACGACUUGUCUUGGAUGGACAUAACUGUUUUCAAAUGCAACAAGCCGUUUAUCGAUCCCCAAACCAAAAAGAAAGCGAGUGCUUGCAGCUGCCAAGAUUGUGCAGCGUCCUGUAAGUUUCGAACAGAGCAGCUGAUCAUCACAUCAACACAUCCCAGUCCUACUGGACGUGUCCGCCAUAGAGACGGAAAGUGGAUUCCAUUUGGUCCCAUAUUUCAUCUGGAGUUGCUAAAUCAGGCUUUGGACCUCCAGAAUCACAUCACCAACAUGAAGGUUCCUUUUGAGGGUUCCUACAUCACUCUCCAAGACAUCUGCUUUCAACCACUGGCACCACAGAACAAAAAAUGCGCCAUUCCAAGUAUCUUCCAGUAUUUCCAAAACAACAAAACCAGGCUGAACAAAUGUCUCACCAGUUUGGGCUACAACUGUUCCGAUCCACGCGCGAAAUUUGACUUUCGUAUGGCUGAUUUUCAUGAUCAUCUUUUAUUUUGUCCAGGCAAUCCGUCUCCGUUUGAUUGGAAACUUGGAUUACCGUGCCUUGGUGCAUUUGGAUGGCCUGUGGACCCGAACAAUGUAUUAGCUGACUUCACAGACAAUGCCUACAAUAACGCUACAACCUUGAUUAUUACCUUUGUGGUAAAUAACUACCAAGACCAAAGCAAGAUGGCCGAAGUAAUGGCUUGGGAAAAAUCCUUCGUAGAAUACAUGAAGGAGUAUAUCAACGACAGCUCCCAUGCCAACCUCACCAUCCGCUACUCCACUCCAGAAAAUGUCCAGCAUAAAUUAACAGUGUGAAGGACAUACCAGUAUCUCGCGGAGGGUGAUGUAACGUGAUCACGCUGUGUGGAUUGUUUGGUCCAUGUUCGCAGCAAUCGGAGCUUGCUGAAUAUGUCUUUGUCGCUGAUUUAGUUAACUCCAAUGGAGACAAUGACAAUAUCUAAUUACUAUUGUUACUCAUAACUGAAGUAAAAAAGAGACAAACAAAUCUAGACGUGAAAUGUAUUAAGCACCAUAUUAGUACGUAUGUAUGUAGUUUGGAUGUAAUUCUAACCUUUGAUUGCCUACGGUAAUAAUUAAAGUACCACUAACCUCAAAA